GAAACCAGUUUUCUUGGCAUUUACUACUCACUCAGCCGUUCUUCUCCGGGAAUCCAAACUUUAACGCUCCUUCUCACGAUUUUCACCUCUACAUUUCCCCUGUUCCCACCCAUAUAUACUCUGCUUACACUCACUGCUCUCUCAGCUUCUCAAAACACAGUACUAUUAUCAUGGCUCACCCAAACUUUAGCUUCUUUCUUGUUCUGUUACUUGCACUUCUGUUCUCAACUCAUUCAGCUUCUCCCUCACCCACAAAUGUCAUCAGCGUUCUGCUUAAGGCCAAGAACCAUCAACUCAUCGACUCGGAGAAUCGGCUCAGUGACUGGACUAACACCACACAAUACGCACCCUGUGACUGGACCGGGGUCACAUGCAACUCUUCGACCGUUAUUUCCAUCGAUCUCAGGAGUUUCAAUCUUAACGGAUCAUUUCCUAGCUUGUUCUGCAAGAUUCACACUCUUCGGCAUCUCAACCUGUUCGACAACAAUCUCAGUGGUACAAUUUCUUCUGACUCCAUCUCGUUUUGUUCACAUCUUCAUUCGUUAAAUCUUUCGUCAAACUAUUUUACUGGAAAUUUGCCGGAUUUUGGUGCUCACUUCACCAACCUUACUUCACUUGAUCUCUCCUCUAAUAAUUUUUCGGGACACGUUCCGGAGAGUUUUGGUUCCUUUCCUGCACUCAAGGUGCUCUGUCUUGUUAACAACUUGCUGAAUGGUACAUUUCCGGAGUUCUUGACUAAUCUCAGUACGCUAACUGACUUGCAACUUGCUUAUAACCCGUUCCAGCCAUCGCGAUUGCCUUCCACCAUAGGAAAACUCGCGAAGCUUGAAAAUAUGUUUCUUUCAUUUUUGAAUCUAAAUGGUGUGAUUCCAGAGUGUAUAGGCAAUCUUUCCGCUCUCAGGAAUCUUGAUUUGUCUCAGAAUUCUUUAUCAGGUGAAAUUCCGAGUAGCAUUGGUGAUUUGGCAAGUGUUGAACAAAUUGAGCUUUACCGUAAUCAGUUAUCUGGGGAAUUGCCUAACACAUUUUCCAAUUUAAAGUCCUUGCUUCGGUUUGAUGCUUCAGAAAAUAAACUGGUUGGAAGGAUUCCCAUAAGUCUAGCAGCAUUGCCUCUGGAAUCAUUGGCUCUGAAUGACAACUUUAUCAGCGGAAGUGUCCCACAAGUUUUAUCUUCAAACCCUAAUCUCUAUCAAUUGAAGGUUUUCAAUAACAAUUUAACUGGAAGUUUACCUUUGGAUUUGGGUAAGCAUUCGGGUUUGGUAGAUAUUGAUGUUUCUGGUAACAAUUUAGAAGGUACAUUGCCGCCUUAUCUUUGUUACAGGAAGAAGCUUCAGCGUUUAGUGACGUUUAGUAACAAAUUCUCUGGAGUGAUUCCUCAGUUGUAUGGUGAGUGCACUUCUUUAAACUACAUUCGUAUUUUUGACAAUAGUCUGUCAGGGAAGCUUCCGGUUGGAUUCUGGAAUUUGCCUGGCCUUACAUUUCUUGAAAAUCGGAACAAUAGACUUGAGGGCUCUAUACAUCCUUCAAUUUCUAAUGCAAGAGGUUUGACUAGAUUACUUAUAUCUGGCAAUGAUUUCUCUGGUGGUUUCAUUCCUGAAAUUUGUAAUUUAAAAGAGCUUGUGGUUAUUGAUAUGAGUCACAAUCGUUUUUCUGGUCAAUUGCCUUCGUGUAUAACUACAUUGAAGAAUUUAGAGAAGCUCGACCUUCAGGGCAACAUGUUUACAGGUGUGAUUCCUAACACAGUGAGUUCGUGGACAGUUCUUACUGAUCUUGAUUUAUCUAGCAACAAAUUUAGUGGUGAAAUUCCGAGUGAACUUGGGGAUUUGCAGGUGUUGACAUAUCUUGAUCUCUCUAGAAACUUGCUUUCUGGUGAAAUUCCUGUGACUUUGAUAAAGCUGAAGCUUGAUGUAUUUAACGUCUCUGACAACGCAUUGGAAGGCGUAGUUCCUGUCGUUUUUGAUAAUGAGUUGUUCAGCCCGAGUUUAAUGGGUAACCCGGGACUUUGUAGUCCAGAUUUAAAGCUCUUACCUCCAUGCUCCGAACAGAAAGCAUCUAGUUUAUGGAAGGUGAUGCUCCUCUUUGUUGUUACCCUAGUCCUUCUUGGGUUGCUUUUCUGUCUCCUUAUUAUGACACAAAGAUUGCCCUAUUUUGAAGAAAAUAUGAGACGCUCAUUGAAGAUUACAACUUUCCAGCGUGUUGAGUUUAAUGAAGAAGAUGUUUUAAAUGAAUUAGUUGAUGAAAAUAUAAUUGGAUUGGGGGGAUCAGGUAAAGUGUACAGGGUGAAGAUGGAGACAGGACAGACAGUAGCGGUCAAAAAACUGUUUGGAGUCGAUGAAAAUGCAGAAACAGAUCACGUGUUCUGGUCAGAAGUGGAGUCACUGGGUAACAUUAGGCAUGUCAACAUUGUGAAAUUGCUGUUUACUUGUAGCGGAGAGGAUUUCAGGGUGUUGGUUUAUGAGUAUCUGAAGAACGGGAGUUUAGGAGAUGUUCUGCAUGGGGGAAAAGUGGGGGAGGUAUUGGAUUGGGCAAAAAGGUACGAGAUAGCAGAAGGGACUGCUCAAGGGUUAGCCUAUCUACACCAUGACUGUGUGCCAGCCAUUGUCCACCGCGAUGUGAAGUCUAACAAUAUCUUGUUAGAUGAGGAGUACAGACCACAACUUGCUGAUUUUGGGCUGGCCAAAAUGUUGAACAAGAAGGAUGAUCGUGAGUGUAUGUCUCGCGUGGCUGGCUCCUACGGCUAUAUAGCACCAGAGUAUGCCUACACAUUAAAGGUCACGGAGAAGAGCGACGUUUAUAGCUUUGGCGUUGUUCUGUUGGAACUGAUAAGUGGAAAAAGGCCGAAUGAUCCCUUGUUUGGUGACAGUCAGGACAUUGUGAAGUGGGCUAGAUCUGUAUUCUCAUCAUACAUGCAAGAAAGUACUCAUACUGGCCAUCACUUGAAAGGUCUAGCGCAGCUUGUAGACCCUAGUAUGGGUGCCUCAUCUCGCGAAUGUAAAGAGAUUGAGAAGGUUUUGGAUAUAGCGCUUAUUUGCACUGCAGCAAGCCCAGAUAACAGACCAUCUAUGAGAAAAGUUGUUGAAUUGCUCAAAGGCCUGAAGUUGCUUCGUUCAUCACAUGCAGAGGCGUAAAGUUUCGUGACUCAAAUGAUCUGAAAACUGAUGUAGAAGCCUGGAACUUAGCUAUGUUCUUCAAGAUGCUAACUAGUUUGGAGUUUGGACAUAUUUGUAAUUAACUUUUCCCUGUUUAUGUUCUUCAAGAUGCUAAAUAGUUUGGACAUAUAUGUAAUUAACUU